UUUUACGUCAUGUUAGUGGACGUCAUCUUGAAUGAGAAAUUUAUUUUAUUAUUUAUUUUUCUAAAUUAAACACGUUAUCGUGAAGUUGUAUUGUGUUACUAUCAUUAUAAUACUAAAUUUAAAUAACAGUCUUUGUGUUUUUCCUUGUAUCAAUGAUAACGGUACUAUAGUGAACGUGACGCUAUACGCUUUUGUGUCGGUGAUGUAAUUUAAGUGAUUGGGUGGCUUCCUAGUCCUAGCACUAUAAUGGAGGAAUCCUCAUUCACAAUCCCAGCCGACGACAAUGGUGAUUCUGAGCUCGACCCUAGAAUACAGGUGGAGUUGGAGAAAUUGAACGCUGCCACAGACGAGAUCAACAAAUUGGAAUUGGAACUUGAUGAGUCGAUGAAAACAUUCCAUUUGCUUUUGAACGAGACUUCCCGCCGUUUACAAGCUCUCACCAAGCGGAUGGGCACAUGUGUUGACAAAUCGAGGCCUUACUACGACGCAGUCGGUGUGGCGGCUACAGCCAGGUCCGAGUGCCAGAAGGCGGCAGUUCAGUUCCAGAGAGCCAGCGAACUUCACGCGGCAGCGAAGGAGACUGUGACGUUAGCAGAACAGCGCUUUGUUAGCAAGCAGGACGAGUGGCAAUUCGACAGUAACUGGCAGGAAGUGCUUAAUCAUGCUAUCAUCAAGGUCAUGGAUGCAGAAAAGAGGAAAGCGGAGAGCGGCCGUGAACACCAGAAAAAGGCAGCGGCGUAUAUUGCUGCGGAAAGAAAAGUGGCCCAACUAGAAGAGAGUUUGAAGCGUAACAUAAUAAAAUCCCGCUUAUACUUCGAGGAGAAGAAACUCUGUGACGAGCAGCUGCAGACACAGAACGAGAAGAUAGAGAAGUUGCAGCGACUCAUAUCGGAUGCAAAGUUUCGUUACUCCAAAUCUCUUAAAGCUUUAGAGGAGAUCUCCGAAGAAAUACACAGAAGAAGAGGUGAAUAUCCUCCAGGAAAAGACAGUAUACCCGUAGGUCCCAGAGAACCAGGAGUAGGGGCCGAAAGAGAUCCUAUUCAUGAUGAAAUAGAUGCUAAAGAGGAACACGAGAAAGACGAAGAGUCUAGUCUUCAAGAGUUAAGACUGCGUGUUAGGGAACUGGCGCUAAAGCCUAUUGAUAGAAAAGAAGUGGAAACGGACGAGGCGUGGGCUUUGGAACUUAACGAGACAAUAAACAAAUUGGACCAGCUGCUGAUGAUGAAGGAGAGCAACCAACAGAAGAGAUCUAAGUUCACAGCAAGCUCGCCCAGAAACUCCAGUGCACCAUCGACUAGCACUAACACUGGGAACAAAUAUACGCAACCUCCAAGCGACAGUUGGAAGACAGAAUCGAAUUUGUCAAGAACCAAAUCUAUCAGUCGCGAAGUAAUUUUUGAGCACACAAAUCCCCCGAUUAGUAAAACGGAGAAGUCUAAAAGUAUGAUGUCGCUCGAUGUUCUUGCCUUAGCCAGAGACACAGCAAUAAUGGAUCGCGAGUCGUAUUUGAAAGCCGUCAUAGAAGAUAAGUCUCCAACUGGCACUUACACGGAAAGUAAUUCUGAUAGGAACGAAAGUCCUGACGAAAUAUUGAUGGUGGAGUGUGACUCGAGCGAUUCUGCGCAAAAUCCAGUUAUAAGAAUGACUAGUUCUGUUACGGAUAGUGAUAACAGCUAAAUUGUUUUGGCAUACUCACUCCUUCAUUGCCAGGUACUUAUGAAAUGUCUGGAUUUUUGUAUUUAUGUCUUUGAAAUUUUUAAAUUUUCUAACCUUUAAGUACGUUCAUAACUUUAGCCAACCGAAGUGUAGCAACGUCGCAGUUACCUGUCAAUUUUCAAAAACAUUUGAACAUUUUUCAAUGUUUUUGAUUGGUUAUUUAAAGAGUGCUCUGCUACCGAACUAUAACGUUAAUCAUGGAAUAUGUCGUAUAUAAAUUCUGUGCCUCUAGUGAGAACGGGUAUAACUCAAGUUAUAGCCUUUUUCUUUUUUAGGCUACUUUAAAUAAGCAAAUUUUUCUCUUUCGAAUGGUAUAAGAAUCGUAACGAUAUCUUUAAAAACAAUAGAGAUAGUAAACAUGUAAAAGGCUACAAUUAACAAAAUAUUUGUGGUAAAAAAGUCAUAAUUAGAAAUAAAACUAUAAUAUUUUACAAAAAAUAGUGCCAAAAAUGACAAGAUACUUAGAACCACCCUUUAAAUAUGAAUUUAUUUUUGUGUAAAAUGAAUCAGUUCGAUUUGAACCCUUUUACACCAUUUAAUAGCGAUUAUUUUUUAUAGCGUAAAAUACACAACAUUGUUUUUCUUCAAUACUUCAAUAAAAUAGUUUUAAUUCAACUUAAAACUAUUUUCACAUGAUAAUUUUAAAAUUUUUGUUAAGCGUGAUUAGGUAUAAUAGAAUUAUUUUUAAAACUAUAGGUUUUACACAAAAACCGACAAUUUCAUAAGAAAGAGGAGAAAAAAUUACUAUAAAUGCAAUCAUUGACUUGUUCAAUUAGCAAAUAAUAAAAGCAGCAGAAUUUUUUUUCUUUAUUUAAAAUAGUUUUUAAUUUAAAAAUUUUAAAAAUUUUAAAAAUUUAAAAAUUUAAAAUAGGAGAGCCAAAACUCUCCUGAAAAGUGGCCAUUUUGAAUUGAACCCUUUCUCACUAAAGGCACAGAAUUUACCAUUAAAAACUACACCUAUUUCAUAUUUUGCUUUGAAAUUUUUCAAGUACAUUUGUGCUCAUGAGAAUCCAAAUUUUCAGUGACAACUUAAUAAGAUUAUUAUUGCUUGAUCAACCGAGCGGACCGAGAACAUUUUAAAUAAUCAGCCAGAAACAUUAAAAAUUCAAAAAUAUUUGAUACAUAGAUAGAAAAAUACUUUGAGUCAUGUAUGACAUACGUAAAUUAACAAAUGGAUACAAUCAAAUUAUUUUUUUUUUAAUACAAAACAAAAGAUAGAUCACAAAAAUAUGUUUUCGCCAUAUGUGUCGCAAUUAUCCGAAUAAGCUACAGCUCAGUGAUAAUUUAGCUUAAAAGCAAAACACUGAUUUUCAACUGCAGCCUAAAGUUAGGUUACACGGACGCGUGUAACGAACCCAGAGCGUUACCCUGUAUGACCAAAUUAACAAAAAUAAAAUUGUAUUAUAUAGAUUCAUACUUAUAUAAAUGAUUCAUAAUUAAUAUAUUUGAUCAAUUAACUAAACAUACAAUAUAAAUAAUUCACCACAAUAAUUAUUAUGUUGAAACAGCCGCUACCUGGCGGCCAUACUAAUUGCAGUGUUGCUAUACUUCUGUAAAGUUAUAAAUGACCUUAAUAAAUACAUUGCAAUAAAAUAAAUGGGUAAAAAAAAAGAAAUAAUAACACGAAGUUAUACAUCGAUGCCUCACAACGUAUACGCGCAUGAUUGUCUAAUGUCAUUUGUGUGUUUAAAAGUCAAUUGUACUCGUUAGAUUUUUGUAAAAGAAAAAAAAAUUGGUAAAAAAUUAUUUUGUAUCGGUGUAGAUAG